AUGUCGUAUUGGUGGUUGGGCAAGCAGGAUUCUAGAGGUUGGUCCAUGCUUGCUUGGGAUAGGGUUUGCCGGUCCAAAAGAAUUGGUGGGAUGGGUUUCAGGGACCUAAAGUUGUUCAAUAUUGCCCUCAUGGGCAAUCAAGUUUGGAAACUCAUUCAUGACGAGGAGUCAUUGGAAUUUAAGGUUCUUAAGGCCAAGUACUUCCCUCAUUCUAAUUUUCUUGAAGCUAGACUUGGGGACAGAUACUCUUAUGUGUGGGCAAGCAUUAUUAAGGCCAAGGAUACUUUGAGUGAAGGCUUUCUCUGGAGAGUGAGGAUUACCAGCUCGUCACGGAUGUUCCUGGACAAAUGGGGGGUCUUAGGCCCUCUUCGGUGGAAUGAAAGAUACAUGGAUAAUAGUGUUAAUCCUGUUAAGGUAGCGGAUUUUAUGCUUCCUGAUUAUCCCAGAUGA